AUGAGAAAAAUUGAGAUGAAGAGUAUUGGAGUUAUAACCAUGGUGUUGCUUGUCUUAGGUUUUGCAGAAGCUGAGUUAAAGAGUGAAAGUGAUGGAGUUAUUUGUAGAAUAAAGUGUGCAUUCAAAUGUGCGCCUUAUGAACCAUAUCCUCCAAUUUAUUCAAAAUGUAUUGGUGAUUGUCAAUCACAUUGCAACAAUUUAUCCUCAGAUCCUCUCUCCAAUUGUUUUACCAGUUGUGGCUUCAUCAAGUCCAUAGCCAUGAGCAUUGGUGCUCCUGAUCUUGCUGCCAAUAUGUUGAAUCCUUGCUUGAAAGAGUGUAAAAAUAAAUAA